GCAUGCCUUACGCUCACUUUUACCGUCGCCUUCACCUUCACCUUCACUUGCACUGUUGUUGUGUCUGAGAUACCUACCCUCUCCUAGCUUAUCCGCACUUACACUGCAACUGCAAAUCGGCCCCUCACAGCUCCAUAGCUCCAUCGACCCGUCGCUCUCCCCUACCCAAGGUACAGAUACAGAGAGUACCGUAAUACCAUAAUACCCCGCCAUACCCUCCGCGGGCCCCCGUCCGACUUCGCCGUACGGCGUCAACACCGGAGUUUCUCCCCGUCGCAUCUUGCCUGUCAUCGCCAUCACCAUCAUCAUCAUCAUCACCACCGACAAGCCCGAACCAUGGCGUCCCGAACCGUGAUCCCCAUCGACAAGAACUGGCAGUUCAGACAGGCCGAUAAGGAUGACAGCGACCUUCUCGCCGUCAGCCAGUUCCCGACCAACGUUCACCUCGACCUGAUCCACCACAAUAUCAUCCCCGACCCCUUCAUCGGCAAGAACGAGCUCGACGUGCAGUGGAUCGGGGAGAAGCAAUGGCUGUACAAGACCACCUUCGCCUCCGAGGCCAUUCCCGAGGGCGCCCAGGCCGUCCUGGCCUUUGACGGGCUCGACACCUUUGCGACGGUCGUGCUCAACGGCAAGACCAUCCUCGAGACGGACAACAUGUUCACCCCGGAGCGCGUCGACGUCACAGCCGUGCUCGCCAAGGAAGGAGGCGACAACGAGCUGGUCAUCACCUUUGACAGCGCCUACCUGCGCGGCUGGAAGCUGGUCGAGAAGUACCCCGAUCACAAGUGGGGGUGCUGGAACGGCGACAACUCGAGGCUGGCUGUGCGGAAAGCCCAAUACCACUGGGGCUGGGACUGGGGCCCAACGCUCCUGACCUGCGGUCCCUGGAGGCCCAUCAACCUCGAGAUCUACGAGUCCCGCCUCUCCGACCUCUACUUUGAGACCACCGUCGACGACUCCCUCAAGAGCGCCAAAGUCGUCGCCCAUGCCACGACCGAGGGAAACGCCUCCAAAGUCCGCUUCGACGUCUCCCUUGACAGCAAGUCGCUCGCCUCCGAAACGGUCGACGCCAAAGCCGAUGCCGACACCUCGGCGACCUUCCAGAUCCAGGACCCCGCGCUGUGGUACCCCAUCCGCUACGGCGAGCAGCCCCUCUACACCGUCACGGCCACUCUCCUGGCCAACGACAACGAGGUCGACAGCCUGUCCAAGAGGAUCGGCAUUCGCAAGGUCGAGCUGGUGCAACGCCCCCUCAAAGAGCAACCCGGCACGUCCUUUUUCUUCCAGGUCAACAACGUGCCCGUCUUCUGCGGGGGGAGCGACUGGAUCCCCGCCGACAACUUCAUCCCGCGCAUCAGCAAGGAGAGGUACUACGACUGGAUCCGCCUGCUGGCCGACGGCAACCAGUUCAUGGUUCGCGUCUGGGGCGGCGGGAUCUACGAGGAGCCGGCCUUCUACGACGCCUGCGACGAGCUGGGCGUCCUCGUCUGGCAGGACUUCAUGUUCGGCUGCGGCAACUAUCCCGCCUGGCCGGAGCUGCUGCAAUCCAUCGACCGCGAGGCACGGGAGAAUGUCAAGGCGCUGCGGCACCACCCGUCCAUCGUCAUCUGGGCCGGCAACAACGAGGACUAUCAGUACGCCGAGAGCGAGAACCUGACGUACGAUCUCGCCAACAAGGACGCUCAGAGCUGGCUCAAGACGGACUUCCCCGCCCGCUACAUCUACGAGAAGAUCCUCGUCGACGCCUGCAAGGACCUCAUUCCCGACACCUUCUACCACUUUGGCAGCCCCUGGAGCGGCCAGGACACGAGAGAUCCGACUGUUGGCGACCUGCACCAGUGGAACGUCUGGCAUGGCACUCAGGAGAAGUACCAGAACUUUGACAAGCUCGUCGGCCGCUUCGUCUCCGAGUUCGGCAUGGAAGCCUUCCCCUCGGUCAAGACCAUCGACGCCUACUUGCCCAAGGGCAAAGACGACCCGGACCGCUACCCGCAGUCGUCGACCGUCGACUUCCACAACAAGGCCGACGGCCACGAGCGCCGCAUCGCCCUGUACCUCGUCGAGAACUUCCGCUACGCGCCCGACCCGCUGGAGCACUUCGUCUACUGCACCCAGCUCAUGCAGGCUGAGUGCCUCGCGUCGGCGUACCGCCUGUGGAAGCGCCAGUGGAAGGGCCCUGGCAGGGAGUAUUGCGGCGGCGCCCUCGUCUGGCAGAUCAACGACUGCUGGCCCGUCACGUCGUGGGCCAUCUGCGACUACUACCUCCGCCCCAAGCACGCCUACUACACCGUCAAGCGCGAGAUGGCGCCCAUCUCCAUCGGCAUCACGCGCACCGAGCACAAGCACCCGCGCGACAAGUACACGCGCGUCGACAUCGACACAGAGUCGCGCAUCGAGAUCUGGGGGUCCAACCUGCAGCUCGAGGACCUGACCGUCGACCUCGUCGUCAAGGCUUGGGACGUCGAGACGGGCGAGGAAACGUACCACGAGACAGUUGACAAGGACUUUGUCCUGCCGGAGAACAGGUCCACCGAGAUGGCGGCCUUCGCGGUGCCCGCCAGACAAAAGGGCGACGAGGGGAGGACCGUCGUAGCGGCGUACCUAGUUCAGGGCGGCAAGCAGAUUGCGAGGUAUGUCAACUGGCCUGAGCCGCUCAAGUACCUGCACCUGCAGAAGCCCAAGAGCCUCAAGGCGGAGCUGGCUGAGGGCGGCGAUGUGGUGGAGAUCAGCGCCGAGGUGCCCGUCAAGGGCGUCGCGCUCGAGGUCGAGGACGACGGCGUGGUCUUCAGCGACAACCUGAUCGACAUUGUGCCCGGGGAAGUUGUCAGGAUCGGUGUCAAGGGGGCCAGCAAGGAGACCAAGCUCGAGACGAGGUACCUGGGUAUGUUGAAUUAGACGGCCAGAGAUACUGAAGAUUAAGAGGUGGAACCAUGGGAGCUAUAAGCUAUCAUUCUCAUGAAGAGUAAUCCAAAAGUGGAUGAAGUUCGUCAUAGUCUUCGGCGUGACCCGGAUCUAUAUAAGAACAACAAAGAGCAUUAAGAGUUUAAUGCUGUUCACUCUCGAGACGUGGAUACAAUAUGACAAAGAACAGAAGCUAAAGGACCAGGUUGAGACUGGACUGUAUUAAUCAAAACAAUUACGAGGAGGUAUCAUUCAUAACUGAGAAGCUAGACGGACCGGUCUUUGCCCAUGUCAUCUAUAUCCAGUCCCAAUAAACACACACGAACUCCUCAAAAAUGGGAGAGAGAAAAAAACGAGAAAAUAUGACACUGUCAAGGCGGCUCCCUCAUUUCAUAUUAUCAAAGUCCCGUUCAUGCGACCAAAACCCCCCCCAUGCCAUCGCUCAUCCUAUUUUAACCGC